UAAAAUGCGUAUCGGAAUAAACAAGAAUUAUUUUGACAUUUGAUAACAGUGAGAGAAAAGAGUGAGAUAUGAAUGAAGAGAACAUUCUAAAAUGAUGUCCGCCUUAUCCGAAAGAUCUGAGAAGUCCGAUUCGGCGAAUUCAUCACAGAUUAGGACGCCUAAACCAGUUUAUGUGUGUUCUGUUUGUACAGAUGAAGUAAAAGCCAAAUAUCUAUGUCAACCUUGUAAAAAGUACUUUUGUGAAAAGUGUAAAAGCAGUCAUACAAGUAAUGCUCAAAAUGCUAAACACAAAUUCACAGAGAUUUUGGAAACAGAAUCAGAGACACCGGAUUUGUCACUCGAUUUGGCGAAAGUGAGUUCACCUGAAAUACAGAAAACACCCCCAAGAGUAGUAACAUCGGUUACAUCGUCGCCCAAAAAUACGAGUCGAAGUACUGGUAGAGCUAAAAAUCACAAUGAUCAUACGGUGCACAUGGAUUACGGUAACACUCCUCGAGGAAAGUACAGCAAAUGCCAAAGACAUCCUACCAAAGACAUACAACUUCAUUGUGUUGAGUGCAACAAAAUCGUAUGCAGUGAAUGUAUUGUCGAAGUACACCAACGACAUCAGUUUGUCAGCAUAGAGGAAGCGGGAACAAGAUUAAAGGGCCAUUUCCAUACCAUUCUUGCUCCAGUAAAAACGUUUUAUCAUGAUGAGCUAGAGACGGCGUAUAAUAAUUUGGAAGUUUCUGAAGAACAGUACAGUGUUAAAACAGAACAAACAAUUGACGAUAUACAUAAAAGGGCUAGUCAGCUCCAUGAAGAUAUAGACCGUAUACGAGACAGCAUUAUUUCAUCUAUAGAAACCAAACAGAAGCAAGACAUGGAUGAGUUUGUAACAACGAAAGAGGUUCUUAGUGAUAGACUUGCUCAAACAGGUGAUGUCAUCAGCCGCGUAGAGAAUGCAAUCGAGAACGACAACGAUACAUCUAUGCUUAGGGCUGAGCAUGACUUCACAACUCUUAUUACCAAUGUUGAUAGAAAUUUAACUCUCCGAGAACCAAAGCCAGCACGAUUUGCUGCAGGGUUGUCUACGGAAGAACGCGUUAAGGAUCUUUUCGGUAAUACAGUUCAGGCUGAUGAACCUGAUAAUACCAUGGCGAGUUGGCGCAUGCGUGGCGGCGAGGACAAAUUAGAAAUAAGCAAAGAUCUUGAUCUCUCUCGUGUUCUCUCCGUACCAGUUGGAGAUGGUCAGCCAAUCCAUACCAUGGUAGCCCUAGGUCAUGCAGAAGUUUGGUUUUCUACCAUGUCCAAUUCUAAACAAGCACAGUUAUUUGGAAUAGAUGGUAGGAUUGAAAAACCGUUGGAGUUAGAAUUUAGUGUUAAAGAUCUAUCCGUUUCCCGUCCAGGUGACCUGUUCUUAUCUUGCUUUGACACACGAUGUGUUAAACGAAUUCGCUUGAAUGGAACCGUUGAGACAUUUUACAAUACUUCACCUCUUCAUCCGUUAGGAAUACAUGUAUUGAGAAGUGGAUCGGUAAUAGUGUGUGUUGUAGAUCAGAUUUCAGUCAAUAUGAAACAGAUGAAACCAUACAGCAAGCGUCAACUUGUCAAAGUAUCGAAAACAGGCAAGGUUAUUAAACGGAUGGCUUAUAACCUUGACCUACGAUUGUUCACACUUCCAUUCAAGGUCAAUGAAUCAGUUGAUGAAGAGAUUGUUGUGUUGGACAAAUCUAGUAAAGAUAAGGGAAGACUAAUCAUGUUCACCCGAAAUGAGCAAGUUAAAUUCAUAUACAAUGGUCCACAAUCAAUUCGAACCGAAUAUCCAUUCUGUCCGAUGGACCUAGUGUGUGAUAAUUUUGGUCAUACUAUUGUUGUCGAUUCUAACAACAAUGCAAUUCAUAUGUUAGAUAAAUUCGGAAAGGUUUUAAGAUUUCAUCAGAUCGGUAGAGACUGGAUUGAUAUUCCAUGGUCAGUUGCUGUUGACAAUAGGGGACUUAUGCUCGUUGGUGAUUCUGCAGGGACAAUGCAUAUUUUGCGUUAUCUACUCAGUAGUUGAAUUAUAAACGUGAUUUGUGAAGACCUUGGGGAAACAAAACACAAUUGUUUAAUGUAAAUAUAAUUUGUUUUAAUAUAUACUGCUAUCUGUUUUCUAGUGCAUCCUUUUCCAUUUCGUCUGGACAAUUAUUA